AUGGGAAUCCGCAAUUCGUAUACAGACCUACUCAUUAUCGGGGCAGGGCCAGCCGGCCUCAUGGCCGCGUGCUGGGCCUCCCAGUACCCAAUCAAAACACGGAUCAUCGAUAAAAAGAGUGAACGAACACGUGCUGGACAUGCUGAUGGUAUUAACAGUCGAACCAUGGAGAUAUUCGACAGUUUUGGCAUCGCCGAUCUUAUUAUGCGGCAGGCUGUGUGUAUAGUGGAGGCGUCAUAUUGGGGCCCGGAUGGAAAGUCCGGAGAUAUCCACCGAAUCAAGAGACAACGAUCGCAGCCACAGAAGCUUUCUCGCUUCGAGCAGAUGUUGCUGAACCAGGGUGGCAUUGAACAGAUCCUCAUUGAUUAUCUUAAGGCUAAAGGACGUGUACAUGUGGAGAGAAAUCGGAAGGCCGAUGGACUAGACCCAGAUGGGUGCUGUGAAUCCGAGUGUCAUGAUGAGUUUCCUGUUCGUGUUCGCAUAGUGUCCGUCAAAGAUGAAGAGGUGGUCCACGCACGAUACGUUAUCGCAUGCGACGGGGCACGUAGCUGGACUCAGAAGCAGCUACAGAUCCCCUUUGAUGUGUGGAAAACGGAGUCAACAUGGGGCGUGAUGGACAUUGUUCCGAUUACAGAUUUUCCCGACAUCCGGCACGCGUCUGCCAUUCGGUCAAGCGAUGGCGGAAGCAUCAUGGUGGUACCUAGGGAGAAUGGCUUAGUCCGAUUCUACCUGCACAUAAAUGGUGGCGAAGGAUUGAACCAAGAUGCAGAGAAGGAAUCGGAAAACUCCUUGAAUACUCUAAUACAGACUGCACAGAAGACAUUGAAGCCGUACAGGCUGACGUGCAAGUACUGUGACUGGUGGUCUAUGUAUCCGAUAGGGCGACGACUGAUCAAACAAUAUCAGAGCGGCCGCAUAUUCUUCGCAGGUGACGCUGCCCACACGCAUUCUCCAAAGGGUGGACAAGGCAUGAACAUUUCCAUGCAGGAUACAUACAAUCUAGUAUGGAAGCUCGCUGAAGUUAUUAUGGGAGCGCUGGAUCCCGCUAUUCUGGAGACCUACCACUCCGAGCGGCGCCCGCAGGCCGAGGAGCUCAUGAGAUUCGAUACGCGCCUAGUCUAUGCUUACGAGGAAGGAAGUAUGCAAGAUGACAGCAAAGUCGACGUAGAGAGCGUCCGCAGCCAGUACGCUGGAUUUAUGGCGGGUGUGGCAGUGACGUAUCCUCCUAGCAUCCUUGUUGGAGAAUGCCAAAGCGAUAAAAGUCUAGCCUGGAAUAUCCAGGUCGGAAAACGGUUGCCAUCAUAUUUGGUGGUGGGCCAAGCAGACGGCUGUCCGAUUCAUAUAGCAGAGAAGCUGAGAAGCAAUGGGUCCUGGAGGCUACUUGUCUUUUCCGGAGAUCUACACUGCGUUAGCGGUUUAAAUCGGCUGUCGUUCUUCGCGAAUGAAUUCAGUGACCGAUUCCAUGAAAUCAUUAAGCGGUCAAACAAAGACUGCCAUCUCUUUGAAACCUUGUUGAUCCAUUCAAGCUCAAGAGCCUCCAUUAAUCUGUUAGACCUUCCAGACGUGUUUCACCAAUUCGACGAUGACCUCGGAUGGGACUAUUCAAAGGUCUUUGCUGAUGAUCCCUCCUACGAUGGGAAUUCAGGAGAGAUAUAUGAACACUACGGCAUUGACAAGCAAAAAGGAUGUCUAGUUGUUUGUCGACCAGAUCAACACGUGGGCUGGGUUGGAGACAUAGAAGAUGUGGAGGGUCUGGAAAGAUACUUCUCGCGGUUUUUGCUUAGAAAGACCAAGCCACAAGUAUGA